AUGUCCAAUUCAGGGUCAAUAUCAGUGCAAGGAAGUUCGAUUAGUGGAGAAAAUCCAGCAACAAAUGUAGAUUCAAACGCAUCUCAAUAUCCAGCUGCAUUUCAACUUCCAAAGUUUCAAACGCCGGAAUUUCAUGGCACAUUUGACACAUGGUUGCAAUUUCAUGAUACAUUUAAAUCAAUGUGUCAUGAUAAUUCUUCAAUACCAAAUGUUCAAAAGUUUUUAUUUUUAAAAACAUGUGUCAAAGUUGAAGCAGCGCAAGUUAUAUCAUCGCUUGAAAUAUCAAGUGAAAAUUAUGUUGUGGCAUGGAACCUUUUAAAGUCGCGGUUUGAUAAUAGAAAGCACAUUGUAGAAAGUCACAUUAAAGAACUUCUUGACAUUCCUUCUAUUUCAAAGGAAUAUACGAAUCGUUCAUUGCUCGAUAAUGUUUAA